GGAUUCGUUUUCAAAUGUCAAUUUUCAAUGUCACUUCAGCUGGAAGAAGAACUUUUAGUUAAUUUUCCAAAUUUUAAGGCGCUAGUUAUUUCCCUACGGAGGAAUCGUCGCAAAACUAUAAUUAUUACAUUUUUAAUUUGACUGAUAAAUUUCAGAUGAAAAUAAAGUAAAGCUUACUUACGUGCCAGGAGCAGUUUUGUACGAGUAUGUUGGAAAUCAGAAACCCAGCGCUGACGUAGAGUAUGAGAUAGGUGAAGAAGCCAUUGAUUCUGAGCCUUCCUCGGGCGAUACAGAAUCAAUUAACAUAUCAUCUGAUUCAAGUACUUCAUUAGAAGAAGAGUUGAUCUUUAAACAAAAAUCUAGUAAGAAAUCUAAGAGGCCUACAACAGCUACCAUUAAAAAUAAAAACGCUGGUGAAGUUGACACUAAAAAAUCUGCAGAAAAAACAAAAGUAGAAGAUUCAAAAAACAAAACAAAGAAACAAGGUGAUUCAGAAAAGUCAAUAAAAACGAGUGAGAAGCCUGAAUUUGGUAGUAAUACGAACUCAAACGACCUGAAGAGUUCGGAGUCAAAAAGUUAUUCUGAUAAUAACGUCAGUAAAAUGAUUUCACAAAAGCCGGAAGUUUCAAUGAAUGAAACAAAGAAAGUAGGUGACAUGAAAUCUAAGAAGAGAGACAAUAUCGAUGACCAUGGUGGGCAAAAUAGCAAGGACUUAGAUGAUUCACAUUUAGUGUCACAAGACCAACAACAAGGAACUAGUGUUUCAAGCUUAAUGUCAUCAUCAUAUGAAACCAUGCUAAAUGUCGACCGAGAAGAAGCUAAACAGUCCAUCAUAAACACAAUUAAUUCUUAUGAGGAUAACAGAUUUCCAUCGCAAGGUGUAAAUUACUCGGACAUGACAUCAAACGCGCGUAUAGAACAGUCGGUCGCGUCUGAAAUUCUUAACAGGACUCUAGAGUACGAGGAGCGCGAGUAUUUCAGACAGUUUGACGCGAUGACGAGUCAAGCGGGCAAUAUAGAUAACAAAACCAACGCCAUCAUAGAACGCCUAUCAGACUCAUUGGAGAAUGAGUAUACGUUGCCUGAGGUAUCCCGCAUUUUAGAGGCCCACAUGGAGACGGCUGAACAAAUGUGGCGCGCGGGCGACCUCACGCGCUACGUUUCAAUAAGUCCUACUGGCUCUGUGCAUGAACACGACGAUGCAGAGUCUACUUUAGUACCUAGUACAGACGUUUCUUUUGAAGACACAUUGAUUGAAGAUAACGUCAACACGACUGCUCUCACAGAAAUCGACGACUCCGGCAUUGGAGUAUCUUUAAACGACGAUGAAACCGAAAUAAACGACAAUCCAAUUGGGAUUAUCUAUCACACAGAUGCUGAGGGUGGAAUGGAAAAAAACUGUAACGCUAGUUGUAGUCCUACAAAUAAUGAAAACAAUCCAUUGGACGACAAUAACGAUUCGAAAUUAGACGAUUACGUAUCUGUUGUCGGCGAUUGUGAAUUAGCUAAUGAAGUGUUCGAAGAUUGUGAAGAUUUGUUGGAAAAAGCUGAAAAUGUUUGUGAUGUCGACGCGGACACUGCAGUCGGAGCCGAUUUUGAUCGAUCGAAUGAAAACUUUUCUUUGGAAAUGAAAUUGGCUUUAGAGAUUGACAGAAACGUGACUGAUUGAUGGAUUUUUAAAAUUAACAAAUACUUUGUUUUUUUUUACUAGAGCACAUGGGCGCAACCCCUAUUUAGUAUUCACAUGUUGGCAUGUCGACUGAUGAUUUAUUAAUUAGUGUAGUGUUACGUUGUGGGAAGCACGUCAUAAACAAUUUUAUGCACUAUAUAAAUGCAAUGCAGUAUCCAUGAGUCAUUCGCAUACAAAAAAAGUCCCAUCUUUCGAUUCAUAAACAAAAUUCAAAGCAUGGAGCAUUGGCUACGAUAUGUUUAAGGUCACAUAUCCCUAUGUGAACUAAAUUCCGUAAUUCGCCAUAUAAGGUAACAUGUAAAAAAUAUAUGUGAACUUGAACGCAAGUAGUACGGCGUUUCUAAAGAACAUUUUUUUUAUAGCAGAAUAUUUUCUUUUGUUUAUCUUUAAUUUUAAUAUGGAUUAGGAUAAUGUUUCAUUUUGUUAAACCAUUAAUAUAUUAUUGUUAAAAAAAAAGAUUAUAUUAACAAACUAAAAUUUAUUUUAUAACAAUACAACUACAAUACAUUAAUUUAUUGCACCUAGUUUAAUUUGUUGUAAUAAAAUAAUUAAAUGU